AUGGAAGUUUUGAAGAAUAUUCCGGGUAUUAUUGUAAGACGAGUGGAUUAUAAUAGAAGUAUUACAUUUUUAAAACAAUUGGAAAUCACACAUAAUAGCGAUAUAUUCAUUGGAAUGCAUGGUAGUGGUCUAACACAUUUGUUAUUUUUGCCGGAUUGGGCUGUCAUCUUCGAAUUGUAUAACUGUGGUGAUACGGAUUGUUAUUUGGAUCUAGCACGACUUCGUGGUAUCAAAUAUUUUACAUGGACAAAAAGCGAUAAGGUAUUUCCAGUUGGUGAGGGUAUACAUCCUCAAACGGGUGAGCCACAUGAAAAAUUUCAAAAUUAUCGAUUUGAUCGACUUGAAUUUCGAAGGCUUGUUCUUAUGCAAGUGGAAUAUGUACGACGUCACCCGGCAUAUGUCAUGGAAUUACGGAAACAGAAAAGAAAGCAGCAUAAUGAAGAACUGUGA